UUGACAGGAACUGUCGUAAUGUCAGUCAGGAGUGUAAAUGUCAUUUUGUGAUUUCAAUUUCAGGAAUUUCUCUUGAGCCGUGCCGAAACUGCCGAUUUUCUAUUGCAAUAAUAGAUUUUAACAUAUAUCUUGUGUAUUGAACUGUUUAUUUUUAUGUAAAGGAUCAAACGUUGCAGCUUUUGUGUAGGAUACAAUGGCGGACAAUCAAGGUGCACCGGUAACCGGUAACCAAACGACUCUAAACAAGGAGGAGCCUAAAGAGGGUGUUGCGAGUGCAAACGAGCCUGGUACGCAAUCUGAACCUGCGGAAUCUCCUCAGACGGAGCAACCAGCGGAGGACUGUCAGGAGAUCAUAAUAGUGAACGAGCAGACUACGGAACUAGACCUAAACCACGGGAGGAUCGGGAAAAUCGAGAACCUUGAGCGUUUAAAGAACUUAGAGAGAUUAUACCUACGAUGGAACCUGAUCAAGAAGAUCGAAGGUCUCAGUACACUGAGCACACUGGUCGAGCUGGAGCUCUACGACAAUCAGAUUGUGGUGAUGGAAAACCUCGACGGACUCGUCAACUUAGAAAUGCUAGACUUAUCAUUCAACAGAAUUAAAGAGAUCGACGGUCUAGAGAAGCUGCUUAACUUGAAGAAGUUAUUCUUAAGCUCCAACAAGAUCCAUGAGAUCAAGAAUGUCAACCAUUUGCCCAAAUUGGAACUACUUGAGCUGGGUGACAAUAGAAUACGGGAAAUCAAAAACCUAGGAGGCUUGAAGACACUAAAACAGUUAUACUUGGGCAAGAACAAAAUAUCGAAAAUACAAAACCUGGAAGAAUUAUCAGAAUUAGAAAUCCUGGUACUACAGAGUAAUCGUCUCGUUAAAAUAGAGAAUUUAGAAGAACUUACAAAACUAGAACAGUUGUACAUAUCUGAGAAUGGAAUCGCUGUUAUUGAGAAUUUGAAUAACCAGGUGAAGUUACAGACUUUGGACCUGGCCGUCAAUAGGAUCACUGUCAUCGAAAACGUUGGCCAUAUGCUGGACUUGGAAGAAUUAUGGCUAAACGACAAUCAAAUCGCAGACUGGUCAUCAGUGGAUUACCUGAAACAGAAUAAGAAGAUGACAACGAUAUACUUGGAACGCAACCCUCUCGCCGCCGACCCGGCUUAUAGAAGGAAACUAAAGCUAACCCUCCCGUCGCUGCAGCAGAUCGACGCCACAUUGUGUAGAUAAGAAUUUAUGGUUCAUUUGUUUAUGUAGUUGUUCAUGGUGGUGCUAACAGACUGAAAUUAUUAUUUAUUUCCUAAAAUCACCAGAAAAUUAUAACAUAAUGUCGGAAUUCUUAUUUAUUUUUAACUUGCUGACCCGGCAAACUUCGUAUCCCGUCAAAACUUUUUCUCAUCGUUUAAACUUUCCCUGGACGUCCACGAACAUUUUAAGACCAAAAUCAGCCAAAUAGGUUCAUCCGUUCUGAGGCCUUAGUACGAGUUUGUUUUACGUUUAAAGUAAUCGAAACGAGACUGCCUUCGGAGCUCCGAUUGG